UCCUACUUCGUGCAGAUCGACAGCAUCCUCAACAAGCUCUUCACUCUGAGGGAGUACAUCGACGACACCGAGGACUACAUCAACAUUCAGAUCGACAAUCACCGCAACCAGCUCAUCCAGCUGGAGCUGGUGCUGAAUGCGGCCAUCAUGGUCACGUCCAUCUCCGCCACCGUCGUCGGCAUAUUCGGAAUGAACAUCCCCUACGCCUGGAACACAGAUCCCUCCGCCUUCGCCUGG